AUGAAUCUCCUGAAUUUCGCCAAAGCCGUGGCUUUGGCCACAGCUCUAGCAAAUUCGGCAGUGCUCGCCGCCACCAGUGGUACCUGCUCAGAAACCCAGCGGUGUGUAAGCGGAUGCUGCAGCACCAGUGGCUACUGUGGUUUUGGUCCCGACUUCUGUGGAGAUGAUGUCUGCGUUUCGGACUGCGAUGCCCAGGCAGAGUGCGGUCUCUACGCGCCUGUUGUCAACACAACUUGUCCCCUGAAUGUGUGUUGUUCGCAGUUUGGCUUCUGUGGUACGACUGAAGAGUUCUGUGGUGCUGGAUGUCAGAGUGGAUGCGACGAUGUCGUCCAGCCUUCGUGCUCUGGAACCUCCAGCAAGCAGGUAUAUGCCGGCUAUUACGAAGCAUGGAAUUAUCAACAUCCAUGUGAUGUGCUUCUUCCUUCCGAUAUCAACGUUAACCCUUGGACGCAUAUAUUCUACAGCUUUGCCGGCAUCGAUACCAGUAGCUCUCGCAUCAUCACAACCUACGAUCAUGACGAUGAGUACAUGAGAGACCUUGUUGCGCUCAAGAAAAAGAAGCCCUCUCUUAAGGUCUUUAUCUCUGUUGGUGGCUGGGACCUCGGAGGAGAGCCUUUCUCAGACAUGGUGCGCUUCUCGGGAACACGCAAGGCCUUCAUCGGAUCUGCCACUUCGUUCAUGGAAGAGUAUGGCUUUGAUGGUAUUGAUAUUGACUGGGAGUAUCCGGCUGCCAGUGAUCGAGGUAGGAGAGCUAAAUAUCCAACAUCCAAGUCGGUAUUUGAAAGGGUUCGAUAUCAAAGUACAGAGAUUGCGGACGGCCUGAAUCUCUUGUGGCGUAACAACAUCGACCCGGCAAAAGUCCUCCUCGGUCUGGGCUUUUACGGUCGAUCCUUCACUCUUAAAGACACGACUUGCACCACUCCCGGUUGCCCCUUCGACAAAUCGGCAUACGAAGCUGGUGGUGCGACGCCGGGAAAGUGCACUGGCACCAGCGGCAUCUUGUCCAACUACGAGAUCAAUCGGGUGUUGGAACAGUAUAGCCCAGAUGUCAUAUACAGUGACGAAGCGGCUGUCAACUGGAUCACUUGGAAUGAGAAUCAAUGGGUUUCUUUCGACAAUGCUAAAACUCUGAAGCAGAAGGCCGACUUUGCUAAUAGCAAGUGCAUUGGGGGCCUAUUCGCCUGGGCUCUUGACGAAGGUGGUCCUGGGUCCCUUGGAGAUCCCAACGACCUUGACCCCUCGGAUACCUCGAUGAGUGGUGCUAAGCUCGACGGUGGAAGCGACGGAUCAGGCGACAUUUAUAUUGAUCAGUCUGUCCUUGAUCCAGAUUCCAAUACUGCCACGGCCAUUGCCCCGGCUAAUCUCAUCGUCGCGCCCUCCACGUUGUCGACGAUGACCACAUUCACGAUCGAGCCCUUGGUAACGCCCAUCGAGAUAGCUUGGACCACGACGAAGACAGUAACCGUCUCCGGGGCUGCCACUGUGACCACGACGGUCACUCGGAUCGUGGAGACUACGACCUUUGCAAUGCCAACCAUCACCACCAACGUCAUCAACUGGUGGAACUGGAACCUGACCCAGGCGAAUCUUACACAGAGCACGACGACUCUCUUCCCUAGCGUUACUCUCGAGCCCAUUGUCUUCCAAGAUUCGUCCAAUGACACCAACGGGACAUUCCCUGUAGGCACCGCUUAUCGCACCCUCUAUCCACCUCCCUGGCCAUGGUCCACGACUUCCCUACCGAUCCAGCUCCCUACACCCACAAUCACCUUCACGCAGGGGCCCCCAGGCCCGACUUGCACCGCAGGUUGCGGAACCAAGUGUUCCUCCUACUGCGAUACACCAUGCCUGAUCUGUGAUGAUCCCAAGGCGAAUGAGGGCUGGAAGGACCCCGCGGAUCCAAAGCCCCCUCGGCAUUCAAAAUGUUCUGGCCCGGACUGUCGCAACAAUCAGUGCGUUGGCCCGUUGUGCGUGAAAAAAGGAUGUACAGGUGACGAUUGCGACCCCUCUUCAUCGGCCUGUCUGGGAUCUCGUUGCGAGGAGACUGGUUGUCGUGGGUCGGGGUGCGGCGACGACGGCGAGUGCACCGGCUCGGACUGCCAAAAGGUCGGCUGCUACGGCAACCACUGUAUUGGCGGGACGGGCCUCUGUCUGAGCCCCGGCUGUAUCUCGCUGGGCUGCAUCGGUCCCCUCUGCGAUAAGGUGACAGGCGAGUGUUCCGGCCCUGACUGCCACAAGGUCAGCUGUUCCGGACAGAACUGUCGGAAUGGGGUGUGCACAGGCGAGGGUUGCGAGCCGGGUGAAUCUGACUGCGAGACCAACGAGGCUGAUAUAUGCACGGAGUAUAUCUCAUCCUCCCUGGAACCUAUCGCGUCUACCUACACUACGACUACUUCGACCUCUUGCCAGACCAUCACUGCUUGCGAUGCCGAGCCCACCACAACGACGACGACCAUCUCCGGCCACGUCGCCGCUGAGACGCCGUACAAGUAUUAUCACUGGACCCUUGACAAGGCUGUAGCCAGCAGCGUGGCCAGUUCGAUCGAGAAGGACUUGUCUUCCCUGCACGCGACCACCACCAGUACCACCACCUCAAGUACCACCACCAAAACCACCUCGACCACGGCUUCAACCACGACGGACGCCUUUAGCCCCGCAGAAACGGAGCUUUCCUGUAAGGACAACUCAUGGAUGUGCGGUCACUUCACCGGCGGUAAUUUCCGGGCAUUCUGCGAUGUCGCAAAGAGCUACCUGCGUGGGAACGAAAUUUACGGGUUCGUACACCACUGA